GUCCACAAGCCACUGCCAACUUGCCCAGGGCCCCGUUGCCGGGGGCCUCGCUUGGCCAUUUCUCACCCGACCGGUCCUGCCCGCCUCCCCGGGGGGCCUCUCGAGCCCAGGAUGUCGGAGACCAAGGACUGGGCCACCCUUAGUCCAGAGGAGUUUGCUCACCUCCAGAAAUACCUCGACUACUCCUCCAAGAAAGUCCAGGAUGUGUUGGCGCUGUUCUCCGGAGACGGGGCCCUGGUCCAGCAUCUACAGGGAGAUUCUAUAGGGUACGAGGGCUUCCGGCUCUUCCUGGAGGCCUACCUGGAGGCAACGGAUGUGCCUGAGGAGUUGUGCCAGCGUUUGUUCAAGUCCUUCCAGACCCUGGAGCCUGGAAAGGCAGGCCAAGAACCAGAGCCAUCUCUAGUUUGCCUCAAUGAUGUGUCCUGCUACUUCUCUUUGCUGGAGGGGGGGCGGCCAGAGGACAAGCUGGAGUUCACCUUCAAGCUGUAUGACACAGACAGAAACGGGCUUCUGGAUGGUUCUGAGGUGGACCGGAUCAUCACGCAGAUGAUGCGUGUGGCAGAGUAUCUGGAGUGGGACGUGACUGAGCUGAGGCCGAUCCUGCAGGAGAUGAUGAAGGAGAUUGAUUAUGAUGGCAGUGGCACCGUCUCACUGUCCGAGUGGCUGCGCGGGGGCGUCACCACGGUGCCUCUGCUGGUCCUGCUGGGGCUGGAGGUGAACAUGAAGGACGACGGGGAGCACAUGUGGCGGCUGAAACACUUCAACCGUCCAGCGUACUGCAACGUGUGUGAGACCAUGCUGCUCGGCCUGCGGAAGCAGGGACUGCGCUGUGUCUUCUGCAAGUUCACUGUCCACGAGCGAUGUGCGCGGAAGGCAUCUCCCUGCGGCGUCAGUACCUACGCCAAGAGCAAGCGGGACACGGGCGCCCAGGCCCACGUGUGGGUGAGGGGCAGCUGUGAGCCCGGCCGCUGCGACCGCUGCCAGAAGAAGAUCAAGAAUUUCCAGAGUCUCACAGGGCUGCACUGUGUGUGGUGCCACCUCAAGAUCCACGAUACCUGCCUGUCGGCUGUGGACCCCAUGUGCGACUGCGGGCUCCUGCGGGACCACGUGCUGCCUCCCUCGGCCAUCUACCCCGUCAUCCUGGAGCGGCAGAACAGCCAGAAGAACGGCGCGCCCAGCGAGGACCCGGCCCAGGCCUCCACCACGCCCGACGGGCAAGUCCUGCGGAUCGUCCCUGUCCCCAACACCCACCCGCUGCUUGUCUUCGUCAACCCCAAGAGUGGCGGGAAGCAGGGGGAAAGGGUCCUUCGGAAGUUCCAGUACCUUCUGAACCCGCGGCAGGUCUACAAUCUCCUGAAAGGAGGGCCCGGACCAGGGCUGAACUUCUUCCGGGACGUCCCCGACUUCCGCGUGCUGGUGUGCGGGGGCGACGGCACCGUGGGGUGGAUCCUGGAUGCCAUCGACAAGGCCAACCUGCCUGUCCGGCCACCGGUGGCCGUGCUGCCCCUGGGCACCGGCAACGACCUGGCCCGCUGCCUGCGCUGGGGAGGUGGUUACGACGGCGCCAGCCUGUGGAAGGUGCUGCGGGACGUGGAGGGCAGCGCGGCGGUGCGCAUGGACCGCUGGCAGGUGGAGGUGACGCCGCUCAGCCCGGACGAGCACGGGGACCCCGUGCCCUACGACAUCAUCAACAACUACUUCUCCGUCGGCGUAGAUGCCUCCAUCGCGCACAGAUUCCACAACAUGCGGGAGAAAUACCCAGAGAAGUUCAACAGCAGGAUGAAGAACAAACUCUGGUAUUUGGAGUUCGCCACCUCAGAGACCAUCUUUGCCACCUGCAAGAAGCUGAAGGAAUACUUGACCAUUGAGAUCUGUGGCUCCCCCCUGGAUCUGAGCAGCAUGUCCCUGGAAGGCAUCGCAGUGCUCAACAUUCCCAGCAUGCACGGUGGCUCCAAUCUGUGGGGCGAGACCAAGAGGCCCCUCGGGGACCCCCGGACCCCGGCCCCGGGCCCCCCGCCCCCCGAAGCCAUCACCGACCCCGAGGUGCUGAAGGCCUGCAUCCAAGACCUGAGUGACAAGCGCCUGGAGGUGGUGGGGCUGGAAGGCGUCAUCGAGAUGGGGCAGAUCUACACCGGGCUCAAGAGUGCCGGCCGGCGGCUCGCCAAGUGCUCCCAGAUUACUCUCCGGACCACCAAAGCCCUCCCCAUGCAGAUCGAUGGUGAACCUUGGAUACAGCCCCCCUGCACUAUCCGCAUCACCCACAAGAACCAGGCUUCGAUGCUGAUGGCCCCGGCUCCCCGUUCCUCCAGCUUCUUUGGCCUCAAGAAGGGGGGGCCCCCCGAGAGCUGAGGGCUCCCCCCCACACCCGGGGGCACAGGUCCACUCAGCCUGGGCCUCCAAUCCCUCCCCACGAUUGCCCUCCCCAGCCCGGGCCCCCCCAACUCCGCUCGCUUCCCCCGGUCCUUAGCCCAGUAUUUAUUGCCCUUGAAAGUGCCUCAUCUGAAUAAACUGAUUUGGUUUUUC